GCUAUACUCUCCUCCGCGUCUCGCCGUCGCUAGCUGAAGUAAAAGAGAAGAACAAAAAGGAAACCUCCUCCUGUAAGCUUUGCUGUAAUUUCUUUCUCAUCUCUUUUAGAUGGGGAUCCUAGCUCGUCCUGUAACCAUCAGUCUCGUUUGCGUAAUCCCAAUGUGUUCCUUACUCAUUUCCGUCUCUUUGACGUCUCUGCCUUCAAUUUCUGCAGUUUCAGAAGCGACAAUUUUCUCGCCUCCCGGAAGUGGAGAUAGAUAGUGCAGAAUCGCCCUUAUAGAGAGAGAGUGGGGCCGGAGUCGUGAUCGUUCCAGCCAUGAAUUCUAGACGGUUCGUUUCUUCUCUUUCGUGCUCUUCUGUGUUUGAAGAUUUCCUGUUUGAAUCGUCACGGCCUGGCUAGGGAUAUGUUUGUUGUAUUCAGCUAUUGGCUGCAUAAGGGUUUUUUCCCUGGGUUUAUGGUGGCAUGUGUUAUUAUUUGUAGAUCUGAGUACCAGAUGGAUUCAGGGCCUUAGGUAUGUCGAUUCUUCUACCUGGGCCGGGGGCAUUAGUUUCCCUCUGCGAACAAUCUGUCUGGUGAAUUCUUUAAUCUGGAAUAUGGAUUUAGAAGUUGAUUCUUAUUCUGCUUGAGUGAUGCUCUAGAUAUGUUUAGGAGGUGCAGGUUUAAUUUGAUUUCGGUUGAACAUGUAGAAGCUGGGUGCAGGGGGCUAAGAAUAUUGAUUGUUCACAUGGUGUGGUUCUGUUGUUCUUCAACCUGGUCCAUUCUCAGUUUCACUCUCUCUGAAGUCUAACACAGCUGUCAAUUGAGGGCUUGCUAUUAACAUCAUCUGCUAUCUUUUUCUCGAGGAAUUGUAGAGCACAUCGCACUAGCAUAAAUCUUCUGAAAUAAAAGUAGUUUGAACUUUGAUGUGUUUGAUGAUGCGGUAAAUUGGCCAGAUCAUUCCACUGUAUCACACACAAAUGACAUAGUUUUCUUAUGAGCUAUUAGGUAUUAUUUUUGGAAAUACAACCUUAUUGGCUUUGAAAGUAUCCUAUUAUGCAUAAUAAGGCUUUGCAAAUAUACUUGUUUUCUGUUUUAUUUCUGGGGAUCAACCUGCUUUUGUGAGUUGAAUUUAAUAUAGGUGCUUUUGCUUUACAUAGAAGGCGAACCUGAGACUGUAGUUCUUUCAUGCACAAAAGGGAUACCAGGAACAACAGAACUGCACUUUUUGAUAGCAUUGAGGAGGGUGGCAUCAGAGCUUCUGCUCCUUACUCCCAUGAAAUUGACGAGCAAGAUAAUGAAAGAGCUCUUGAGGGUUUGCAAGACAGAGUCAGUCUGCUGAAGCGGCUGUCCGGUGAUAUAAAUGAAGAGGUGGAAGGGCACAACCUCAUGCUGGACAGAAUGGGCAACGAUAUGGAUUCAUCCAGAGGAGUCCUAUCAGGAACAAUGGAUCGUUUCAAGAUGGUAUUUGAAACAAAAUCAAGCAGGAGAAUGCUUACUCUGGUCGCAUCGUUUGUGGUGGUAUUCCUAAUUGUCUACUAUCUUACUAGGUGAACAUGAUUGUGGUUGGAUUUGAUACAGUGGCUACGUUUAUAUGUUGGAAUUUUGGAGCCCUCCCGUAUUUUGUAUGAUUACAUCCAUGAGUUUCAGGUACCUAGUUUGCUGUUAAAAAGGUUGUUUGCCUCUCGACUUCAGGUGUGUUUAUGUUAAUCAUAUAUCCUCGUGUAAAUUAUGAAAACAAUCUCCAGAUUCGAGCCAAAUGAAUGCUCAUGUUGUCC